GGAUAAGCAGCAGCGACUAGCUUGAUCAUAAAGAUGAGUACAAUAAAGCCUGCCAUAUCGGAGGGAUGCGGAUGCAACAUUGGUCAUUCUGCAUAAUGCUGUGUCCACACUAUAUAAUUUUCCUAUUUAUCUCUGACUAAGUACCACUUUCGAUUUCCCAUUCCCUCUCACAUCUCUACCCUCAUUGUGAUUUCCAUUCGCAGAUUUCUAAACACAGUUUGAGAUGUCAUACCCACCUCUUCCUCUGCCAAAUGGUAAAUCCUAUGGUCUAGUAUUUGCAUCCUAUUCUAACAAUAGAUAGGCCAAAAUUUUACACCUACCUUGCAUAGCACCUCUUACCCCGCCAUUGACUCCUCGACAAAAUCCGACCACAGCAAACAUAUAGUUUUUAUAACAGGUGCUUCGAAAGGUGUCGGCAGAGCCACAGCUAUAUCAUUCGCAAAAGCUGGUGCUGAAGGAAUUGCAAUUGGUGCACGAUCAGAUCUCUCUUCACUCGAGACAGAAAUCCAGGGGGCAGCAAAGGCAGCAGGAAAGACCUCUCCCAAGGUCUUGCCAAUCAAGCUUGACUUGCUUAAUCACCAGAGCGUCAAAGAUGCAGCUCAAGAGGUUGAGAAAACCUUCGGACGAUUGGACAUUUUGAUCAAUAAUGCCGGAUACCUAGCGGCCAGUCAAUCAAUAACUGAUUCUGAUCCUGAUGAUUGGUGGCAGACAUUCGAAGUUAAUAUACGUGGAGUUUAUUGGAUGACUCGUGAAUUUCUCCCCUUGAUGUUUAAGGGCGGACUAAAGACAAUUGUCAAUGUAGCUAGUACCGGAGCCAAUUCAUUGCGACCUGGAGCUAGUGGAUAUCAGACCUCGAAGUUUGCAUUACUGAGAUUCACCGAAUUUACGAUGACUGAGUAUGCAGAAAAAGGAAUGUUGGCUUAUUGUGUACAUCCGGGUGCUGUCGAUACAGAAAUGGCAAAGAAAUUACCAGCAUAUCUUCAUAAAGGUAUAGUUGUGCUUUCCGUGCCAUAAAUUGACCAAGCCAAGGUCUCUGCUAAUAUUUAAAUAGUCCUGCGAGAUGCUCCGGAAGUUGCGGGUGAUUCCAUGUGCUUUUUAUCACAAGAGAGGAGGGAAUGGUUAGCUGGCAGGUAUAUAAAUUGCACCUGGGAUAUUCCAGAGUUCCUUAGCAAAGAAAAAGAAAUCGUGGAAAAUGACAAGUUGAAGGAGAGAAUGCUAUUCUAACGAGAGACUCUUCGAGCAAUUACUCAAAUGAGCGGUCUAAACAUUGGUCGAUGGUCUAAUACUUUAGAAUUUAGAGCUAGCUCCUUAGAACAUUGCUGGACUAUGACAUUUGCGAAUAUAGAAAACUUCUAUGAACAAAUCAACUUUGGAAG